ACCAAAAUGUCUGUUGUCCGUUGAUGCUGGUGAGCGUUUUGGGGGGUGAUUUUAAGUUUUUACCAAUUUUUGAACAUACUCUCAUUUUAUUAUUAUAAAUAAUGUGGUUUUAAAAGGCUUACUGACUACGAUUACCGCAACUUUUUACGGAAUUGCUACACAAUCCCGCGACAUCAAAGUAUAAGUUUUGCCGUUGCAACAACCAAACAAAGCGGGAUAAUGGCAUCAUUUAGAAUUCACGAGGAUCAAGAAAAUGCUGCUUUAGGCCUAAGGAAGGAUGCGGAUGUCUUUUCUGCUGCUUCACAACGACGCGCCCUCGGAGAUCUAAGCCAGUUCGCUUGCAACCAAAACCGAAAUGCAAAACUUGCUAGCGUGACGAGUGGACCUUGUAAAGUUCAGGAAGAAAAUAGAACAGUUCGUCAAAUCAAAAAUGAGAAGAAUAUUGUCCCCCCCGUGGCGCAAUUUCGCGCUUUCAGCGUCUACGAGGACAAACCAACAGAGAUAGAAGUGAAGAAGCGGGAACCGACAUUUAAACCUUUCGUUGCUAAAGAAAUCCGCAAAGAUAACUUCUUUAAGAAUACAGCAGAGCAAGUGAGAGCCCUAUGUGCCCAAGUUGAAAAGCAAGACAGAGUCAAAGAAGCUCCAUUAAGGGCACCAUUGGAAGAAAAGAAAGAUGAUGUUGAAUCACCCAUGUCAGUUGUGGACACAAGCAUACUGUCAAUGUCCAUUUCUAAAAAUGAGAGUCAGAUUCUCGAAGAAACUCUGGACGAAGAGGACACUGUCAAAGCUCAGACUGAUCGUGAAAUGUUCUUCCAUGUGGCGGAGUACCGACAGGAUAUUUAUGAUUACAUGAGACAAAUUGAGGUGAAAAACAGGGCUAAUCCACGUUACAUGCGGAAACAGCCGGAUAUAACACAUGCAAUGAGGUCUAUACUUAUCGACUGGCUUGUGGAAGUUUGUGAUGAAUAUAAUCAGCAGAGUGAAACUCUGCAUCUUGCUGUAUCUUAUGUUGAUCGUUUUCUCUCCUACAUGAGCGUUAUAAGGACCAAACUGCAGCUUGUUGGCACAGCAGCCACUUAUAUCGCUUCUAAAUAUGAGGAAGUGUACCCACCAGAGGUAUCUGAGUUUGUCUACAUCACUGACGAUACAUAUACCAAACGUGAGGUUCUGCGCAUGGAGCAUUUGAUCCUGAAGGUUCUUUCAUUUGACCUGUCAACGCCUACAUCUCUGGCAUUCCUCUCACACUACUGCAUCUCUAAUGGUCUCCCAAAGAAAAUGUUCCACUUGGCCGCUUACAUAGCAGAGUUGACGUUGCUGGAGGCAGACCCCUACCUGCAGUACAAGCCUUCAAUGAUAGCGGCAGCCGCCCUCGCCACCGCUCGUCACUGCCUCACCUGCGACCGCGACCACGACAAACACGACUCGACCCUCGAUCAGCACUGUGCGGACGCAGCUUGGCCGGAAUCGCUAGUGAAGAGCUCAGGUUACAGUGUGACAGAUCUAGAGUCUUGUCUCCGGGAGUUGUCGCGUACUCACGCGCACGCCGCUCAGCAGCCCCACAGAGCGAUACCAGACAAAUACAAAAACAACAAAUUUGAUGGCGUAUCCUGUAUCGAACCAAAGCCAAUGUACCCAGUCCAAAAGUAUCAGGCGCCUCCGAAGCCCAAUGCGGAACCGGCGCGUGCGAGCUAGUUAUUUGUAGCUAAUCAAGGCUAAUAUGGGUUAGACCUCUGUACCUGCUAUGUAGCGGAUUACAAUUAAUCUGAAAUUGUUUACUUUGAUAAUCUAU